AUGGUAAAUAUUAUAACCACCACCCUCCUCCUCACUCUGGCAAUUCUAAUGUGACCCCUUAUAACAACGCUAAGUCCAAACCCCCUAAACCAAAAAUGGGCCCUAAAAUAUGUCAAAACCGCCGUAAGCACUGCAUUCUUUAUCAACACUAUUCCCCUUAUUAUUUUCCUAGACCAAGGGACAGAAAGUAUUAUUACCACCUGAAACUGAAUAAACAUCAUAAACUUUGACAUCAACAUUAGCUUCAAAUUCGACCACUACUCUCUCAUCUUCACCCCCAUUGCCCUGUACGUAACAUGAUCUAUUCUAGAAUUUGCAUCAUGAUAUAUGCACUCUGACCCCUACCUAAAUCGAUUCUUUAAAUACUUAUUACUAUUCCUAGUGGCCAUGGUCAUCUUAGUCACCGCCAACAACAUAUUUCAACUAUUCAUCGGCUGAGAAGGUGUCGGCAUCAUAUCCUUUCUACUAAUCGGAUGAUGACACGGCCGAGCCGACGCCAAUACAGCAGCCCUCCAAGCAGUUAUUUACAACCGAGUCGGGGACGUCGGCCUAAUUUUAGCCAUCGCCUGGGCCGCAAUAAACCUCAAUUCCUGAGAAAUUCCACAAAUUUUUCUACUAUCCAAAGAUUUUGACAUAACCCUCCCACUAAUGGGCCUUAUUUUAGCCGCCACAGGAAAAUCCGCCCAAUUCGGGCUACACCCGUGACUGCCCUCAGCAAUAGAAGGCCCAACCCCAGUUUCAGCCCUACUGCAUUCAAGCACAAUAGUAGUUGCAGGAAUCUUCCUACUAAUUCGACUUCACCCCCUGAUAGAAAAUAAUCAGCUAGCCUUAACCAUCUGCCUCUGCCUCGGCGCUUUAACGACCCUAUUCACCGCAACCUGUGCUCUCACCCAAAAUGAUAUCAAAAAAAUUGUAGCAUUCUCAACAUCAAGCCAACUAGGCCUCAUAAUAGUUACUAUUGGCCUAAAUCAGCCCCAACUAGCCUUCCUACAUAUCUGCACUCAUGCCUUCUUUAAGGCCAUACUAUUCUUAUGCUCAGGCUCAAUUAUUCAUAGCCUCAAUGACGAACAAGACAUCCGAAAAAUAGGAGGCCUACACAAAUUAAUGCCAUUUACCUCAUCCUGCUUGACUAUUGGCAGCCUUGCACUAACAGGCAUGCCCUUCCUAACAGGAUUCUUCUCAAAAGAUGCAAUUAUUGAAGCCCUCAAUACCUCUCACCUAAACGCCUGAGCCCUAACCUUAACACUAAUCGCUACCUCCUUCACUGCAGUCUACAGCCUCCGAAUUAUCUUCUUCGUAGUUAUAGGCUCCCCCCGAUUCUCAACUCUAUCCCCAAUCAACGAAAAUCAUCCCGCAGUAAUCGCAUCUAUUGAGCGCCUGGCCUGAGGAAGCAUCAUCGCAGGACUAAUCAUCACCUCAAACUUCCUGCCAUCCAAGACCCCCAUCAUAACAAUACCCCUCUCCCUUAAAAUAGCUGCUAUUGCAGUCACCAUCCUGGGAGUUGUUAUUGCCCUAGCCCUGGCUACAACAACCUCUAAACAAAUCAAGAUUACCUCUCUACUGAUCCCUCACAACUUUUCCAACAUAUUAGGAUUCUUCCCACCAAUUAUUCAUCGCUCCCUGCCUAAGCUCAACCUCACACUAGGAAAACAAGCCACAAAACUCGAUCGACAAUGAAUAGAAAUAGGACCCAAAGGACUUCAUCCCUUACACUUCACCCUGUCCUCAAUAUUUGAUAAUAUUAACACCAACAUCAUCAAAGUCUACCUAACCUUCUACCUAAUUUCUACAGCCCUAAUUAUUGUGCUACUCUCCACAGUCUAA